GCGGUGGCCAGCUCUCCCAACCUAACAACCAUCCUCGAGCUGAUAUCCUGCUCACGCGACAUGCCAUUGGCCAGCACCAGGCAUUAACGAAUCACGCAGAAGCAUUUUCCUCGUCCAUAGUCGCAACGCAUCGCAUUGUUGAUUUUUUCUUAGCUGCCUGCUGUGCAGCUCUCGUCGUCAUCCAUCUCCCCUCCCCUCCCCUCCCCUCCUUUGCCCCUCGCCAAUUACAUCCACUCUCAAAUCAUCAUGGCGUCGGCUCUAUUCUUCCUAGAUCUCAAGGGCAAGACCCUGCUUGCCCGCAACUACAGAGGCGAUAUCCCCAUGUCGGCUGUCGAAAAGUUCCCGAUCCUCCUAUCCGAAGCUGAAGAAGAAUCAUCGGCUGUGCCGCCAUGCUUCUCCCACGAAGGCAUCAACUACCUCUAUAUCCGCCACAACAACCUCUACCUCCUCGCCCUUACGAAGCGCAAUACUAACGCGGCCGAAAUCAUCCUCUUCCUUCACAAGGUGGUCGAGGUAUUUACCGAAUACUUCAAAGCCCUCGAAGAGGAAUCUAUCCGCGAUAACUUUGUCAUUAUUUACGAAUUGUUGGACGAGAUGAUGGACUUUGGUUACCCGCAAACUACUGAGUCCAAGAUCUUGCAAGAGUACAUUACGCAAGAAUCACACAAGCUAGAGAUCCAAGCCCGCCCGCCCAUUGCCGUGACCAACGCCGUGUCAUGGCGAUCCGAAGGCAUCCGAUACCGCAAAAACGAAGUGUUCCUGGAUGUGGUGGAAAGUCUCAACCUGCUGGUCAGCUCCAACGGCAACGUGCUGCGCAGUGAAAUUCUAGGCGCCAUCAAGAUGAAGUGUUACCUGAGCGGCAUGCCGGAGCUGCGACUCGGCCUUAACGACAAGGUCAUGUUUGAGACGACCGGCCGCACAACACGAGGCAAGUCGAUUGAGAUGGAGGAUGUCAAGUUCCACCAGUGUGUACGUCUAGCACGCUUCGAAAACGACCGCACCAUCUCCUUUAUCCCGCCCGACGGCGAGUUCGAACUCAUGUCGUACCGCCUCAACACGCACGUCAAGCCGCUCAUCUGGGUCGAGUGCGCCGUGGAGUCGCACUCGGGCUCGCGCAUCGAGUACAUGCUCAAGGCGCGCUCGCAGUUUAAGCGCCGCAGCACGGCCAACAAUGUCGAAAUCAUCGUGCCUGUCCCCGACGACGCCGACUCGCCGCGCUUCCGCACCAACAUUGGCUCUGUCCACUAUGCUCCCGAGCAGAGCGCCAUUGUCUGGAAGAUUAAGCAGUUUGGUGGCAACAAGGAGUUCCUGAUGCGCGCCGAGCUUGGCCUUCCCAGUGUCCGCGGUGACGACGAGGUCGGUGGUGGCAUGACCGGCGGCUUUGGUGGCAGCAUGGGUGGUGUCGGCGGCAAGGGAGCCAAGCGUCCCAUCCAGGUCAAGUUUGAGAUUCCCUACUUUACAACAUCUGGUAUCCAGGUCCGCUACCUCAAGAUUACCGAGCCCAAGCUGCAAUACCCUUCACUACCAUGGGUCCGAUACAUUACACAAUCCGGCGACAUUGCCGUCCGCUUGCCCGACGCCGUAUAACGUUACCAUCGCGCUCAUGCAAACGGUAAUCCUUUCGAAAUCAAAACCGACCGCAUUUUUGUUAUAUCUGUUAUCAGAAAUGUACUACAGCUCAGACUCAUGUGGCCCCUUUAUGUAACGUGCAGGCAAUAGACAAAAAAACAGAACUUUUUCCUAAUCA